UCUCCCUCUCUCGUCUCUCUCUCUUCCAGGUUCCAUCUCAAUUAGGCCCAAGAGCAUCUAACCGCAUGGUUGCAGUUCCCCUCGGCAACAGGUUUGAGAGUGUAGUCCUUGUGAAGAGCCCAUCACCUGAAAAUGGCGCGAAGCAUACCAGACGUGGAGGAGGCAACCGUAUGUGAGGUCAAUCGAGGAUUGGUCCAUGUCCGCAGAGGCGAUGCGCAGGCUCUCCAGGAUGUCCAGAACUCUAUUCAGGCCUACCUCUACCCCACGCUCACCAUCGACCUGAAGGACCCCACCGACCUCCUCGUUGAUACAGUACCCAUCCUUUCUUACUGGGGGGCAACAAAGGAGGCGCCAGCCGCCAAGUCACUCCCAGCUCCCGGUGGCCCCCCAUCUGAAACCUCUCCAAAAGAUACCCCCUCGUCAAGUCAUGCCGCAACCUCUCAAACUGGGAGCCCAUCCCAAGAAGGGGUGCAGAACAGCACACAACCUAAACUCGCUCUCCAGCAGCUGCAGACAUUGGUCCUCACCCUAGUUGCUCGCGCCAGGUCGGCUUUGGGACCUCUUAUCUCAGGACCCCCGCCGACGCUGCUCGAAACAGGGCCUCUACGAGAUCUUAGCUGGCACAGCGCAAAGCAGAGGCUGGCAGUCAUUGGCCCCUUUGAUCGCAUCCUGCUGUAUGACCUGGAAGCGCGAGGAGAGGCAGCGGCGACCCCCGGAGUACUGGCGCACGAGUUUCAGAAGGGGGCAGCUAUGGUGCGGUGGCGGCCCAAGGCGGCGGGGGGCCUGGCAGUGGCAUGCAGGACCGGUGUCUGCUUUUGGACUCUCACCCCCCCCGUCCACAUCUGCCCCCUCUCCCCCUCCCCCGCCGUCCGCGGCAGCCCCUCCGUCCGCCACCGAAAGCCCCUCCAAGCCACGAUGGUCUUCUUCCAAAGCCCCUCGGGGGCCCCUUUCACAGCGGUAGAGUGGAGCCCCGACGGCCGGCUUCUGGCCGCCUCUAGUUCGCUGGACAGUAGCAUCAUGGUGUAUGACGUGGCAACGGGCGCGGGGGCGCCACUUCGGCGGGGGCUCGGGGGCGAGGCGCUGCUGCGGUGGGCGCCGUCGGGGGACUACUUCUUCUCGGCGAAGAUGAACGGCAACUUCCACCUGUGGGAGACAACACGCUGGACGUCAGAACCGUGGGCCUCGCAGAGCGGCCGGGUCGUGGCGGCCGCAUGGAGCCCCGACAGCCGCGCGCUGCUCCUUGCCUUCGAAAACAGCACGACGCUAGGAGCGAUCCACUUGACCGGGAAAGUGCCCUCUUUAGACGCGCACCUCAUACCCCUAGAGCUCCCUGAAGUCGAAGCCCUGGCCAGCAGGGCCUGCCCCAACCCGGGCAUAGAGCAUAUGGCCUGGGACGCGGGGGGGGACCGCCUCGCGGUCUCAUACCGGGGGGGUGACGAGCAAACGGGCGGGCUUGUAGCUGUGUAUGAUACGAGGCGAACGCCCGUCGUGGCCGCUUCCUUCAUCGGACUUAUCCGCGGACCGAAAGCAGACUCCCGGCCGCUGUCCCUCUCCUUCUUCAACAGAUUUGCCCGUGGCUCGCUGUUAGCGGUGGCCUGGAGCUCUUCCCAAAUCUCGGUCUACCCUCUACUCUAUAAAGGUCGAUGAGCAGGCGUCUUCCAGCUUGGUGCACAGCGCGGCAGCUUGGCUGGACAUUGAGCAGUAUCAAAUCACGUUUUACACGCACGUUCGUCACUUCUUUGAUGUAGAUUGAGAGUUGGUAAUCUCGUUGAAAAGUGGUCUUUGGAAGCGAGUGUACCUCGAGUCCUCCUACAAUUGCAGUCUGCAGGCGUGCUGUGUUUGUCACAUGUCCUGUAGGCGGUCAUCUUAGCCUGGCUGCACACGGGGCGCUCCUUGAAGAUCGAAGAGGAAUGAUCGUGACAUUGGGCUGCGCUGCCGCGCGCUGUGUGACCGUAUGC